AUGACUGCUAGUCGUACUACUAUGAAUAUCUCGGAUAUCUUUAUCACAAAACUUAUCUCGGCUAAAGUGACCGGAAGAGAGUUCAUGGAUAUCAGAAGUACAGGACAUUUGUUUCAAGGUUAUUUGCAAGCCAACGAUUCAAAGGAUACUGUUUAUCACCUGCUACAUCCAUUUUCUGUACAUUCCUAUUCUACUGUAAAUUUGUCUUCCUAA